AUUUAAUUGGAUGACAUUCCAAUGGGUUAGACAAAAAUGAGCAUUGAGAUAAUACCAAAAGAUAGCAGCCGAAAAAGUGAAGUUGGUAUCUUGGAUCAGGAGACCGUUUUUUCAACCUCAGCCGUUAACAAUGCCAACCCGGAUAAGACGACAGCGGGAACCGACGUUAUUGUCAACUCGUCUUCAGAUAUUACCGAACUUGAAAGAUAUUUAUCUGGAAUAUUGAAUGGACUACAAAAACAACAAGAGACUCAGAAGAAUGAAGUUCUCCAAUUGAUACUCCAGCAACAUCAAGAGCUCCAGGGUGAGCAAAACCAACAGCCACAGCUACAGUCUCAUUCAAUGUCACUAAAUUCAAUGGCAUCAUUACCUCAUUCAACUGCAUGGACUUUCACACAGGGUUUGAUACUUGGACAGCUAUCAGUCAUUAUCUUAUUCAUUGCGUUCAUCAGGUUUUUUGUGUUCACGGAGGCUGCACCUACUCAAGCUAGUUCAAUUCCGUCAAAAUCAAAUGUUUCUAUAAUCAAAGCAAAGAAAGGUGACGAUAUGGAUUUAUCAAGAUUACAAGGUGGCUUCAGUAAGGAUCAUGAGAAGGAAGUUGCAUCAUCAAUACCGAAGGUUAACGGUUUGACCGAUGAUUUAAGUCAUCAAAAAGAAAUCAACCAAGCUUUAGGAUCAGGCCACAUCAAGUUGGAUUCCAAUAGCACAUUGAUUUCAAUUCUUGAAAAAACGUACUACGAUGUCAAAACGCAUAAACCGGAAUCCCUAGACUGGUUUAAUGUUUUAGUGGCUCAAAUAAUUUCACAAGCAAGGCUAGAAGCUUUAAAUGAUGGGAAUAUAUACGAGUCUUUAAAUAAGGCAUUGAAUUCUCCACAAGUAUUACAAUACUUUGAUAGAAUCAAAAUUUCUGAAAUCAACAUUGGCGAUGAUUACCCAAUUUUUAGUAAUUGUCGUGUGAAAAAUAACGAAGGCAGGUUGGAAGCUAAGAUAGAUGUCGAUGUGUCAGAUACUAUCACUCUAGGUGUCGAAACAAACUUACUUAUCAACCAGCCAAAAUUUAUGAGCGCUAGUUUACCUAUAAAACUAUCUAUCUCAGUUGUGAGAUUUAGUGCAUGUUUGACAGUGUCAUUGAUCACUGUUGACGAUGAUUACGCCAAUCCUAGCAACGACAAGAAUCACAUGACAUCUAGUACAGAUGACAUCCGAGCGUCUUUCACAGAAUUUAAAUCUAAUGACACACCAGAUAUUUCAGGAGCUCAUCAGGAUACUAAUUCAGGCAGUGAAUCAACCCCAGCAUUCGUAGACAACCACGAAAACAGGGAAGCUGGGAGUUUUUUCAAUAGUCCUGAAACUAACACUAACCCUGACAAUAGGGCAACGAAUAAUGAGGGAAGCUCUAUUCCUAACGGAGAUGAAGCUUCUUCUGAGAGCAGUCACUACAGUGAAGGGGGUCACUCAAUAGCUCUGAUGUUUUCCUUCAGCCCUGAUUUCCGAUUGGAGUUUGAAACAAAAUCUUUGAUUGGUUCACGUGCUAAACUCGAGAACAUCCCUCGUGUAAGUUCAAUCUUAGAAAACGUUAUUAGAAAAUGGUUUAUUGAAAGGUGUAUUGAACCGCGGUUCCAGCUGAUUAAACUGCCUUCUAUGUGGCCAAGGAAAAAGAACACCAGAGAGAGUGUUCCAUCAGAAUAACUUUUUUAAUGUUAUGGCUAAUUAAAUGUUUAUAUAUAAACCCUUUUGUUAAAACGGAUCUUCGUAUGGAUCUUCUUCGUCGUAGUCAUCAUCCUUCUCAAAUUCAUAAACAAUAGAACCACCGACACUGCCCAUGCUUUUUU